AUGGAGUUUCUUGUUCUCUCCAGAAAAUGGUUAUCGGAACCGUAUGGGCCCAAGUAUGAUAAAUUUCUGAAAAUCAUCAACAAGGGAUACAGCAAGGCUAUGUUCAAAUAUGGCAUUAUAAAAACCCCCAGGAUCAAAACAAGCAUGUCUAUGUUGGACAACUUUAGAGUUCACGAAAAUGACGACUUUUGCAUUUUAUUACUUUUGGGACCCGAAAAACAGUUUGAAAAACUUGGGCUCAACCACAAUUACAGCAGGAAGUUCGAAACACCGUCCGAUUCAUGGGAACGUAGUAUUGACUGUGAUAUACCUGACGAGUACCUUCCUCAACUCUCGUUCAACGUUGACUCCGAUGUCAAAGUUACCUACUAUAACAGUGAUGAAGAAUUGACACCCUCACAAGUGAAUAGAGUUCUAGGCAGCGUAGGGUUUAAAUCGUACGAUGGCGAUUUGAGGAGCUCUAAUCUGUCGAUAAAAGACAUCGAAAUAACAGCUUUUACGUCGUUCAUGAAACGUUCGGCUCCUACAAUGCUAGAGAUGGCUAUCAAGCACUUUUUGAAACGAGAGAACGAACUUGUAGCUGACUUUACCAGCUUAAAGAGUAUUGUUUUGCAUGCUGAUUGUAUCAAGGAGCACAAUCUUGUUCCAUACUAUGUCAACUGUUGUUCAUUCAAACCUUCCAAGAAAGAAGACACAUUUAUCGACGUACAUUCUGCCAGUAGCAGCGGAGUAUUUGAAGACAACUUAGAAGCGUACAAAGAUUUUCAUAUCAGUUACUUGUAUAGAACCAUCGAUAUUCCAUGA